CACAGCCUUCCCUUACCUUCACUUCACUGUUGUCAUACUGAGUGAGACUCAAGGCGCUCAGCUGGAAUACCUUACCACAAACCUUUCACCAUAGGAUUUACCUGACUCUCAGACAUCAAACUUCUCUCCUUUUGCUUAUGUUUUAAGUGUGGGAGCACCUGUAAGUAGAGAUGUUUAUUUUUCAAAUCAUUAAUAUUUGUUUGAUGUAUGAAAGAUACUAUUAUAUUAUAAUUACAUUAUUAAAGACUUGGAUACUCUUUAAGAGUCACUCAGUCUAAAUCUCCAUGCUGUGUUUGCUGAGUAUGAGCACAGAACAGUUUUUUCUUGUUGGUUUAAUGAUGAAGAGCAACUAAAUGUUUUCUUUGUUGUGGUUUCAUUCAUAAAGUUUCAUUCAUUCAUUCAUAAAUUAAUGAAUUCAGAAUUCAUUCUUAAAGUUUCAUUCAUUCGUAUUUCAUAAAAUCCACCCCAGUUAUUACAUUGUAGGACUACUGUAUGUGAAAUCUUGAAAAGAAAACUUACAUUUUCUCAUAGUAAUCUAGUUAUUUUCUUCAGUGCACUCAGACAUGACAAGGUAAUUGGUUAAAGGGGCUAUCUGGGAUUUGAAAAGCAACAAAUCAGCUAUAUAAACUACAAUGGCUAUAUAUAAUGUAUUUACAAGUCUAAAAUAGUAUCUACCAAUUCCAGAUGGCCUCUUAAAAAGUGCUGUGUGUAUACAGUUAUUUUGAUCCCUACUUGUCGUAACCUUUUUGGGGUACAAAAUGUUUUAUAAAGAAAAGUUCCUAUCACAGGAGGAUGUUGUACACAGAGCUGCUGCGGUUGUGGGAUGAAGCGGUGAAGGCAGUGGAUGCCAGAGACUGGCAGGGAGCCCUGUCUAAACUGAACCAGAUCACUGAACCUACCUCCCGUACUCUAUUUCUGACUGCCUCUGCUCACCUUGCCCUGGGGCAGCUGGAGGCUGCCAUCCAGGUAAGUCUGGAGGACUGCUGUCAAGAGUGAUUGAUCGAUCUCUGAAAGGAUUUCUUUGUGUGUGAGUGCGUCUAAUAUUUAUCUGUCGCCCUGUGAUGCCGUCACCCUGUGAAGGCUUUAGACCAGACCAUAGCCAAGGAUGCACGACUUGCAGUUGGCUUUUUCCAAAGAGCUGGAACACUCAUAAUGGCUAGCAGGUAAAGAGAUCACUGUACAACAUUUAGGUUCCUCUUCUGUCAACUGAUGUUGUUCUCUCUUUUAUUAAAGUAAACAACAGGAUGUACAGGUCAAUGUGUAUGUCCCGUGUAGCUCAGUUGGUAGAGCAUGGAGUUGUGGGUUCGAUUCCCACGGGGGGCCAGUAUGAAAAUGUAUGCACUCAUUAACUGUAGGUCGCUCUGGAUAAGAGUGUCUGCAAAAUGUAAAUGUAUGUACAGCGUUUAGAUGUCAAUUAACCUAUGAAGGCAAACGGCUGUCUAUUCAUGCUAUAGAUUACAAAAGACAGACAUCAUAUCUUCCAUCCCACUCUCUUUGUCCGUGUGUCCGUGUGUCCGUGUGUCCGUGUGUCCGUGUGUCCGUGUGUCCGUGUAGGCUGGAGGAGGCUCUGAAUGACUGUAUCUCAGCUCAGAAACACAUGAGAGGGAACACGGUCAUUGACUACAAACAGCUGGGGCUACGCUACAAGCUCUACAGCUGGCAGGUACAACAGACUUACACCACAGUGUUAUAGAUGUAGACUUACACCACGGUGUUAUAGAUGUAGACUUACACCACAGUGUUAUAGAUGUAGACCUACACCACGGUGUUAUAGAUGUAGACUUACACCACGGUGUUAUAGAUGUAGACUUACACCACGGUGUUAUAGAUGUAGACUUACACCACGGUGUUAUAGAUGUAGACUUACACCACAGUGUUAUAGAUGUAGACUUACACCACGGUGUUAUAGAUGUAGACUUACACCACUGUGUUAUAGAUGUAGACUUACACCACAGUGUUAUAGAUGUAGACUUACACCACGGUGUUAUAGAUGUAGACUUACACCACUGUGUUAUAGAUGUAGACUUACACCACGGUGUUAUAGAUGUAGACUUACACCACGGUGUUAUAGAUGUAGACUUACACCACGGUGUUAUAGAUGUAGACUUACACCACGGUGUUGUAGAUGUAGACUUACACCACGGUGUUAUAGAUGUAGACUUACACCACGGUGUUAUAGAUGUAGACUUACAUCACAGUGUUAUAGAUGUAGACUUACACCACGGUGUUAUAGAUGUAGACUUACACCACGGUGUUAUAGAUGUAGACUUACACCACAGUGUUAUAGAUGUAGACUUACACCACAGUGUUAUAGAUGUAGAUUUACACCACAGUGUUAUAGAUGUAGACUUACACCACUGUGUUAUAGAUGUAGACUUACACCACAGUGUUAUAGAUGUAGACUUACACCAUAGUGUUAUAGAUGUAGACUUACACCACAGUGUUAUAGAUGUAGACUUACACCAUAGUGUUAUAGAUGUAGACUUACACCACGGUGUUAUAGAUGUAGACUUACACCACAGUGUUAUAGAUGUAGACUUACACCACGGUGUUAUAGAUGUAGACUUACACCACAGUGUUAUAGAUGUAGACUUACACCAUAGUGUUAUUGAUGUAGACUUACACCACGGUGUUAUAGAUGUAGACUUACACCACGGUGUUAUAGAUGUAGACUUACACCACGGUGUUAUAGAUGUAGACUUACACCACAGUGUUAUAGAUGUAGACUUACACCACAGUGUUAUAGAUGUAGACUUACACCAUGGUGUUAUAGAUGUAGACUUACACCACAGUGUUAUAGAUGUAGACUUACACCAUAGUGUUAUAGAUGUAGACUUACACCACGGUGUUAUAGAUGUAGACUUACACCACGGUGUUAUAGAUGUAGACUUACACCACAGUGUUAUAGAUGUAGACUUACACCACUGUGUUAUAGAUGUAGACUUACACCACGGUGUUAUAGAUGUAGACUUACACCACGGUGUUAUAGAUGUAGACUUACACCACAGUGUUAUAGAUGUAGACUUACACCACGGUGUUAUAGAUGUAGACUUACACCACAGUGUUAUAGAUGUAGACUUACACCACGGUGUUAUAGAUGUAGACUUACACCACGGUGUUAUAGAUGUAGACUUACACCACAGUGUUAUAGAUGUAGACUUACACCACGGUGUUAUAGAUGUAGACUUACACCACGGUGUUAUAGAUGUAGACUUACACCACGGUGUUAUAGAUGUAGACUUACACCACGGUGUUAUAGAUGUAGACUUACACCACUGUGUUAUAGAUGUAGACUUACACCACGGUGUUAUAGAUGUAGACUUACACCACGGUGUUAUAGAUGUAGACUUACACCACGGUGUUAUAGAUGUAGACUUACACCACGGUGUUAUAGAUGUAGACUUACACCACAGUGUUAUAGAUGUAGACUUACACCACGGUGUUAUAGAUGUAGACUUACACCACAGUGUUAUAGAUGUAGACUUACACCACGGUGUUAUAGAUGUAGACUUACACCACAGUGUUAUAGAUGUAGACUUACACCACAGUGUUAUAGAUGUAGACUUACACCACAGUGUUAUAGAUGUAGACUUACACCACAGUGUUAUAGAUGUAGACUUACACCACGGUGUUAUAGAUGUAGACUUACACCACGGUGUUAUAGAUGUAGACUUACACCAUAGUGUUGUAGAUGUACUUGUACCUUACAGGUGUUAUAGAUGAACUUGUACCUUACAGGUGUUAUAGAUGUACUUGUACCUUACAGGUGUACACCAUGUACCAGUAGUGGAGUACAGUACGAUCAAACAAGAUUCAAAAUGUAUGUGACAAUCCAAAUAUACGGUCUAUAGCCCAGUGCUCCAAAUGGUGAAAGAUAUCUGAAUUAAAGAUGCACUCCAGCUAUUUUUUAAAAACUUUUCCUAAACAAUAUCCCAAGUAUAAAUACAGUAAUGUUCACACCCUUAAGGGUAAAACAAGUAAUUUGAGCAAAAUAGUGUUUUUAGACCCAACUGCAAUCUUCAAGGAGUUGGUCUGAUGGUCAGAUGUCGUCGGCCUCCCCCCAUGCUUGCGGGAACAAUAGAGGAGCAAUAGAGGAGAGGCCACCCCCUCUGCUAUGUCAUGAAAUACCUCGACCACCUAUUGAGAUUAACCUUUUGUUAGAUAAAUCAGGUGAGAAAGGAGACUGGAGUGCAUCUUUAAGGAUGCAUCACAAAUGGCACCAUAUUCUCUUUAAAGGGCACUCAUUUUGGCUAUGGGACCUGGUAUAACAGAGCUCUGGUCAAAAGAAAUGCACUAUAUAGGGAAUAGGGUGCCAUUUGGGAUGCACUUGAGAAAUUAAAGACUGAGAAUAUCCCCAGGUAUUUCAACACUUCCAUUGUGCGGGCCAAAAGCCAGAUACCCCACCUUUUAGGGACCUUUGACAAAGCCUCAUUGAAUGAAGGGAAACAAGUUUAGGAGAUUUACUUCGUAGUGAAGAUAAGACAUAUUCCACAUUUAUAGCCCAGGUCAUAUACACCUGUGGCUGUGUUUGCCUCAAACUGGGCUAACCACUAUGUGUCUGUCUGUCUGGACAUUACAAUUUUUUCCUAAAUCUAUCAGCUAGAACAAAUAUGGUUGUUGCAUUUGUUUUAUUAAUCAUAUUUGUGAGACCUUUAUAGAUUAAAGUUCAAUGACUUCUUUUAUUGGCUGUAUUUCUGUUCAGAGAUGAAAACGCCAAUGUUUUCAAUUGCAGCAACAUUAAGCUAGGCUCUGUCAUGGGCAGUUGUUGAGUAUUACUUUUCUUUGUGAUCAUAUCUGGCCUUAAUAUGUGGCCCAUAUCUGGCCUCUUAUAAUCUCCACCCGGCACAGCCAGAAAAGGACUGGCCACCCCUCAGAGCCUGGUUCCUCUCUAGGUUUCUUCCUAGGUUCCUGCCUUUCUAGGGAGUUUUUCCUAGCCACCGUGCUUCUACAUCUGCAGUGCUUGCUCUUUGGGGUUUUAGGCUGGGUUUCUGUAAAGUACUUUGUGACAUCUGCUGAUGUAAAAAAGGGCUUUCUAAAUAAAUGUGAUUUGAUCUGGAGAGUGUUAUUAGUAGACCGUCCCAUCGGGCUCUGGUCAAAAGUAGUGCACUACAUAGGGAAUGGGGUGCACUAUAUAAGGAAUAGGGUGCCAUUUGUGACAGACACUAUGUUUCUCUGUGGUUGUCCAGGUCUUGUAUAACGCAGCAGCUGUCCACUCCAGAUUGAACCAGUUGGAUAAAGCCAGAGAUAUCCUACUCUCAGCCUCCCAGGAGAAAGGAGGAGGGAACGUGGAAGUGGCUUUAGACAGUAUCUCUGUAAGUACACUACCGGAAAACAUUGUUCACUAGAAUAACAGACAUUGGAUUCUCCCCUCUCCACAUAGGGCCUGAGUUUUUUUCUUACUGAUCAAGUCACAUGGUAUGAAAAAAACUCCUGUCUUGGCUGCAGUUCUCUCUUUCCUGAAUUACCCUCUCUUUCUCUCUCUUUCUCUCUGUGUGUGUGCCUUCACCCCCAGAGGGGAGAGGUGCUGCCUGUCCUCCUGGUGCCAGAGGGAGAGGUGUUCCGGCCCAGGAAACAGGACGUAGAACAGCUGGAACAGAGAGACUUCCUGGGCAAACCAAAGGUAAAGUAGCACCACACCACACUGAUGUACACAGGCACAGUAACAUAGAGUACAUCCCAAAUGGCACCCGAUUCCUUAUAUAGUGUACUACUUUUGAUCAGGGCCUAUUGGGAUCUGGUCAAAAGUAGUGCACUAUAUAGGGAAUAGGGUGCCAUUUGGGACACAUUUAUAGUGACUUAUCUCUGUGUGUGUGUGUGUGUGUGUGUGUGUGUGUGUGUGUGUGUGUGUGUGUGUGUGUGUGUGUGUGUGUGUGUGUGUGUGUGUGUCAAUCGAAUCAGAUUGAAUCACAGAUUGGUAUUUUCCUGUGCUUUCAGGUCAUCUCCUCUAUGAUUCCCAAUGAUGACUUUGGUGGAUUUGAACCUCUCAGGAUCCAGGUAAGACCACUGUUAACAUAGCAUUGGAAGUACACCUUGUAUGAGUCCCAAAUAACACCCUAUUCCCUAUAUAGUGCACUGCUUUUGACCAGAGUCCUUAUGCCAUUCUGCCAUCUGGGACACAGCCUAUGCCCUCUGCCUCUCUCUCUGACUGUGACUCUGUCCUCCGAACAGAAACCUGGAUACUACGAGCCCAAGGUGGAUAGAGUGGAGUAAGUAAUAUUAUUCACACUGACAUUCAAUUAUGUUCCAAAAACCCUGUAAUUAUUCUGUCAUGGUCAUGGACACCAGAAGAAAAUAAGCUCAGAACUGAUAUUUGAAUCCAAAAAAAGAUGUUCAUUGUUAAUAUGGUGGUAUGAGUAACAUAUUUUUAAGACAAAGGGCUCUGACCGAAACGUUGAUAAUAAAUGUACAGGUGUCAAAUUAUGUGUGUUUAUCUUUCUACAGUGUUGAUUGGGAGAUAAGCAUGCUAGUGUGCAUGUUAACCCUUCACUUCUAAUGCUGUCUUUGCCUCCCCAUAGGGAUUCUCGCUACAUGCGUCUGCGUACCCCCUACAUGUCCAAAGCUCCUGGGCAGCUGACAGUGCCUGGGGGAGCCAUGGUGUUUCUCUUCAGUGAUGUGGACAGAGAUGGACUGGCCACAGUCAUACAUGAUGGACAGGUGAGAGACACCUGUAAAGAGUGGGUUAACUCCCUGCACCUGUAAAGAGUGGGUGAACUCCCUGCACCUGUAAAGAGUGGGUUACUCCCUGCACCUGUAAAGAGUGGGUUAACUCCCUGCACCUGUAAAGAGUGGGUUAACUCCCUACACCUGUAAAGAGUGUGUUAACUCCCUACACCUGUAAAGAGUGGGUUAACUCCCUACACCUGUAAAGAGUGGGUUAACUCCCUGCACCUGUAAAGAGUGUGUUAACUCCCUGCACCUGUAAAGAGUGGGUUAACUCCCUGCACCUGUAAAGAGUGUGUUAACUCCCUGCACCUGUAAAGAGUGGGUUAACUCCCUACACCUGUAAAGAGUGUGUUAACUCCCUACACCUGUAAAGAGUGGGUUAACUCCCUACACCUGUAAAGAGUGGGUUAACUCCCUGCACCUGUAAAGAGUGUGUUAACUCCCUGCACCUGUAAAGAGUGGGUUAACUCCCUACACCUGUAAAUAAUGUGUGUUGUCUGGGAGGGUUGAGAAUUGAGCAGAAGACACAUUUAUGUUGUUCGCUGUAAUGUAUGAACAAUAAAGUUGUAUUGUACAAUAGUAACUGGCUAGGAUGUUCUAUUAUGAAUUACAAAGCACAUAAGACUAAUGCAAUACUUCCACAUUCCACAAGAGGCGCUGCUGUCCCAUAGCUGUCUCCCGUUUCCUAACACAACAACACCUCCUUUUAUUGUGGCCUGCCUUCUUUCUGUAUGAUUGUAUAUCUAUUCAAUUUAUGAUUAUCACUCAUCUUUCCUUUUGUUUCUCUUUCGUCGUUUAGAAAGGACUUGUCCCCAUGACCCUGCUGGACCCAGUGGAUGUCAAGAAGUCCAAAGGCAGAAAAAUGAAUAAAGUAAGGCUUUCUAUCUUCAUCUUAGAGUUUCUUAUUUCAUCGCAUUUGAUGGUUGACUAAGACGAUGUAGCUAUUUCCAUAAUGGUGAACAGAAUGUGACAAUCCUGUUUUAGAGCAGCUUCAAGUUUUGAAUCUCAACUGGGUUGUUCUCUCAACGUUCAGUUAUAGAGUAAUGCUGAACAGAGCUGUAUGCUGACUCUCCUCCUCUACCCACAGUGGAAAAAGUGGUGUCAGGAAAAAAAGUUGUAGGUCUAUUAAUGUGUACCAAAGUCACACCUGCUUAACACUUGUAGAUGUGCAGGACAGACAGGGUUGUUGAAAACCCUUGGAUUUGAACGAAAAGGGAAUGAGGUGUCACAAGAGGAAUAGCAAUUAUGAGCCCAGCCUGUCUGGAUGUUUCACUGCUUUAAUGGUAGGCACAGAGAGCGGUGUGUUACCUUGACUACUCUGGCUGUGUCCUCCACAGAGUAUUCCCAGUGGGAUCCCCCUCCCACCGGGCCUCAAGCCGCCCACUCGCCCACAGAGCCAGCUCAGCCACGAAGAACGUCCGCAGGGUAGGCUCACCUUGUUUAACCCCACUGGCAGAGCACAAGACCAAUGGGAUGGAGCCAGGCCAUGCCAGCAUCCAUCUUAACCUUUAAAGCACCUUUAUGUUGUUAAUUUAACAAUAAUAAUAAUAAUUAUUAUUUAUUUAACUAUUAUAGUAUUUUUAAUUACACAAAGAAUCUCAAAGUGCUUUAAAUCAUAUUGUAACAGUCGUCAUUCUGCCAGCCCCAUUAACUAUUAAUGUGUACAUUUUACAGUCAUGAAAACCUCUUCACUGAUUAUUGUCUGUGUUCAGCCUUUUUAAUCGUGUGCUGUAUCUCAUCUGCAGAGAGCCCAGAUAGAGAGGCAUCUCCAUCCUUCUAUGCCUCUGCCACCCACCUACCAACCACCUCCACCCCGCCACCCAGUUACCCAUCCACAGUGGACAGGCCCACUGAGCUGGUGAGUAAAGGGUCUGACUUAAUCAGUGUUUUUAUCUGAGUGUGUAACUCUUGAUCUCUGUCGGAAAUAACACAUGUAAAGGUCAAAUUAAUAUUAUGAUAAUGCUAUUUAUUUCUCUGAAGUUAUUAGGUUCAAACAAUUAGUAAAUCUGUCCUCCAGUUGGUUGAAGAAGAAUGUGUGUCAGCCACAGGAGGUUGGUAGCACCUUAAUUGGGGAGGACAGGCUAGUGGUAAUGGCUGGAGCAGAAUAGGUGGAAUGGUAUCAAAUACAUCAAACACAUGGUUUCUAUGUGUUUGAUGCCAUUCCAAUCGCUCCGUUCCAGCCAUUAUUAUGAACCGUCCUCCCCUCAGCAGCCUCCACUGGUGUCAGCCUGACUCGAAGAAGGAUCAUUUGACAUAAUCCACUAAAUACAGUAUGUUGUGCUGUACUUCUAGCUGCAUGGGUUUACAUACUGUACACUAUGCAGAUAGGGUUGUGGAUAACUUCUAAUUCAUUUUAUGACUCAUCAUUUUCAAGUGUCUGGUGUAAUGGAAUACUGAUGAUUUGGCCUGAUUAAGUCAAUGCAAAGCCCAGGGGAGGGAGAGGUAGUCAGUUGUCAGGUAAAAAUAUGUUCUGGACUAUUUAAGACUAGCUUUUGCGCCUCAGCAUGUCAGAGUGACCUGAAUGAUUUUCAUAAGAAGAAAUGACCUCUUAGAAUACUCUGAUGGCCGUGCCAAAACGUAUUGGACAGGAGGUUACGUACUUUCUACUUUUACAUACAAUUCCUGACAGACUGGCUGGCUGGGGAAAAGCGAGAGGUUUCAGUGAGAGUGGUGUAGAGAGUUUUCUCUAUUUCCAUUGAGUCAACACUGCCAAUACCAGUUAUACAACUGAUGUUAGGAGACCUGAGUGCAUCCAUUCUUCAGAACAUUCCAGUGUAUAUUAUGCAAUCAUGAAAGUAUUUGAAAGAUUCCUCCAUAGUUAACACAAUGGAAAGGCGCCCCGUGUAGCUCUGUUGGUAGAGCAUGGCGCUUGCAACGCCAGGGUUAUGGGUUCGAUUCCCACGGGGGGCCAGUAUGAAAUUUUUUAAAAAUAAUAAUGUAUGCACUCAAUAACUGUAUGUUGCUCUGGAUAAGAGCGUCUACUAAAAUGAAAGGACAGAUACUUUAUUAUCUAUUCCCUAUUAAGUGCACUACUUUAUGGGCUACGCUAUGUGCUCUGGUCAAAAGUAGUGCACUAUAGAGGGAAUAGGGUGCCAUUUAGGACAAAGACCUUUGGUACAAUGUAUGUAGCACAGACCCAUUUUGAACUGAAAUUCCUCAAUGGAAUGUGUGGCUAAUUGCUGAGUGAAAGCUAACCUGUUCCUCUGCUCUCUCUGUGUCAGACUGAGGACCCCCUGGCCAACCGUACCAUUCUCUACCAGAUGGUGGCACUGUAUGACUAUGCAGCUGAGGGCCCAGAGGACUUGGAGUUCAGUGAAGGAGACACUAUUGACAUUCUCAGUGAAGGUAAUGGAACAGGAAAAAUUAUGGAACAGGAAAAAUUAUGAAGUCUUGUGUGUUUUAAGUGCACAGUCAUAACCUUAUUUUAAGUGAACAGUAAGUACGUAACCUCCUGUCCUGAAUAAUGCCCCCCCCCCCCCCUCCCCUCUCUCCCCCCUUUCUGUCUGCCAGUCAAUAAAGAGUGGCUGGAGGGUCACUGUGCUGGAAGCAUUGGCAUCUUCCCCAGCCUGUUUGCCUACCGGGAAGGAGAGACCCCCUCAACCAUCAAUCGGAUGACCUUGUUGCAAUCAAACAAAUCACAAGAGCAUUUAUAAGGAAUAGGCUCAACUCUUGCUCACAGCUAACAACUUCACACUUUAUUUAUCUAAUUUGAGUUAAAAUGAUGAUGGCCUUCAUCAGAAUCAGUACUGAGACUGGAGCAUGUCAUGUAUUGGUGUGUUUCUGUGGUUCUCUGAUGGAGGACUACAUAUUGGGUUUGCUGCAUGCCUGUCCAAGCCAUUGACAUUUUCCAUCAACUCAGAGGGAAUAGAGUGGGCGUGCUGGGUAGCAUUUGACCAACAGGUCAAACUUAAAGUGGUUAAACUUUUCUACUUACUGUCAAAUGCUGUGAAUGGAUGUGGACCACUGUUAUGCUGUUAUAUGGUUGUUAGUUCCUCUAUGAUCAUGUGAACCUGUUAAACUAAAGAACAUCUGGUGGUAAGAAUGUUGUUGUUCCCUUUUGUUGAAGAAAACCCUAUAGGCCUAUCAAUGAGUCUUUUUUUGUAAAAUUAUUAUUCAUGAAAUAGGACAUUCAAUGUAAUAAUACCGUUCCCUAAUUCCAUUAAAACUACUUUACUGAAAUGCCCACAUUAAACAAACGUAAUAACAUUUAUGGACUUCCAGUCUAAUUUAACAGGGCUGUGGACUGACUGGUAGAAAUAUAGAAACC